AUGGCCGACACAUCAGUUGCAGAGCCCGCGGUGCCGGUCGCCGACACCGAACAAACAGUCGCGACUACCAAUGAUGCUCCGGAGAAUACAGCGCAAGAGGAUCAGCAGGUUGCACCAGUCAAGAAGACAAAGAUGAUUAGACGGAAGAAGAAGCCUGCGCGAAUCCAAGUCGACGCAUCAACUCUCAAAACCGAGUCUCCAGCUCAACCCGGCGUAGACUACAACAUCUGGUACAACAAGGCGGGAGGAAACGACGACGACAAAUACGGACUGAGCCAGCCAGCUCCAUACCGCGUGAACAUCGCUCGAGACUCGGGUUAUACUCUCGCUGAUCGCGUACCCGGGUCAUAUUUCUGCGUUCAUUUCGCUCGCGGAUCCUGUACCCAGGGACCUCAGUGCCAGUACCUCCACCGACUGCCCACAAUACACGAUAUGUUCAACCCCAAUGUCGACUUGUUCGGUCGUGAGAAACACUCGGACUACAAAGAGGAUAUGAGCGGUGUGGGUAGUUUCAUGAGAGUGAACAGAACUCUUUAUGUAGGACGGUGCCAUGUGACUGAUGAUAUUGAGGAGGUUAUCUCAAGGCACUUCCAGGAAUUCGGACAGAUCGACCGAAUCCGAGUGCUCACUGGUCGCGGUGUUGGCUUCGUCACAUACUCAACUGAGGGCAACGCCCAGUUUGCGAUGGAGGCAAUGGCAAGACAGAGCUUAGAUCACGAAGAGAUUAUCAAUGUACGCUGGGCCACGGUAGACCCGAACCCAAUGGCACAAAAACGUGAGGCGCGCCGACUUGAGGAGCAAGCCGCCGAGGCCGUUCGACGAGCACUCCCCGCAGCAUUCGUUGCAGAGAUCGAAGGCCGGGACCCCGAGGCCAAAAAGCGAAAGAAGAUCGAGGGAUCUUUCGGACUUCAGGGCUACGAUGUUCCAGAUGACGUGUGGCAUGCCCGGACCCGCCAAUUGGAGGAUGCAAACCAAGCCGCUCAACUAGAGGCCCCUGAACAACAGUUGAUGAUCGAGUCCACACAUGCAUCUGCUCCUGCGCAGGUCGAGGAGCACCAGCCACAGAGCAAUUCUAUAUUCUCCAGCUCGGCUCUUUCGGCUCUCAGGGGGCUGAAUGGGACGGUGAAGACUCAGCAGGCCCCUAAAGCUGCUGCUGGGCCGCUAGUCGCUUACGGAAGUGACGAUGAGAGCGACUGA